UUCAUGGAAUUUGUGUCCUGAACGGUAGACUGGAUGCCUGAUUCGCUAUACGACAGUCUCGAGUGCCUUAGUGAGAAAAUUGAAGCCGAGGGCUUGUACACGACCUUCAGCUCAGAUAAAUUGGUCAGGAGGAUUAAGAGGUCCUCUGAAACUGAAAAAAUUAUUCUUAGUAGAUUUUUGAGAGCGAGAAGAUUCAAUGUGGAUUCUGCUUUUGAUAGUUUUCUUGCUUGUUUGAAGUUUCGUGAGGCUGAAAAUGUCAACAGCGUUGGUCUCGACGAGUUUAAGAAUCCUCUUGCGACGUUUCCUUUUACUACUACUGGGUUUUGCACUUUUGAUGGUGAGCCGUUACUUUACGGAAGAGCCAGUGCAUUGGAUCGAUUCAAGAUUGAUCCUGCUAUCUUUCAUCGCGGCUUCAUAUCCUUUUUGGAAUUUCUUGGGGACACUUUCGAACCUAGCACAAUGUUUGUCAUCAUUUUUGACUUUACAGAUUUUUCUCCUAUUCGCAACGUUCAUUUCGGUUGUGCCCGAGAUAUGCUCAAAGUGAUGCAGGAUUUUUAUCCCGAGCGGUUAUCCAAAAUAUUCCUUGUCAACUAUCCUUCUACUUUAUAUGGUGUUUACAAAAUAGUUUCACCAUUUAUCGAUGAGAAUACUCGUUCCAAAUUGGAGUGGAUUCCAAAGAACAGCCUUGAACAGUUGUUACGAUACGUUAGCAUGGAAGCCAUACCCUAUAGUAUAGGGGGCAUGGCAGUAUACCCAGUUCCUCCAUUGUCAUCGCAAUAGUAUAGGGUUUUUGACCACACAAAUUGGGGAGGAAGAACAAGAGGAGGAGGGGAGGGGAGGGGAAGGGAGAAAAGAAGAGGGGGGGUUUGAUUUGUCUACCAAUACGUCGUUAGUUUGUACAUUUUUUUGAAUGGUGCAAUUGUAUGUAAACAUUCCACUUGAUAUCAACGGGGGCAAACGGAACCCAUGAAAAAAACACAGUGCUUGUUUUG